AUGCUGGGACCUUUGGAUCUUGGCUUCGCCUGGCCUUCUGAACAGAGCAUGGCCUCCAUUGCUUUCUCCUCUUAUUCCCCGCUGGCCCUUCGAGAUAUGCCCCAGCCUAGACCAAACGAUGCACCCUCCGACAUAGACACUUCCAUCUUCACCUUCGAAGACGCCUUUGAGGAUCUCCUUGCUGAGUCACAGGGAAAGGAACUGCCAGACCUCAAAUCCCGAUAUGAGCAACGGAAACUCCUCCGAUCUAUGUACCCAAAUGGUGAGCCUGCGUACUUUUGGCUGCACAGGUUGAGAUCGCAGGGUCUCCUGGAGGACUCUGGACCCGCCAAGCUUGUGAAGUCGCUUGCGAACAAUAAUUGGGACCAACUACACAAAGAAUUAGAUCGCAGAGCACAAGAAGUAUGGCGCGCUGCUUUUGGCGAGGAUGACAGGAACCAUAUCUCGAGAGACCCUGUCCUGAGUAGUGAGGAACGCAAUGAAGAGAGAAUCCGUUUGGAUGGAGAAAGUGCUUCUGAGUAUGACAUUGAGGAUCUCCGUGCAGAGCUUCAUGGACGCCGCAACCUGCGCCAAGCACCUAACGACUUUGACGAACUAUUCUCUGCCAUUCAGUCAUCCUUUGCCAGCGAGCGAUCGCCCUGGGAUUCGUUCAUGAAGCUGAUUACCGAGGACCACCCUACGGCAUCUUCUAAUAGCGAAGAGAAGCAGCUACAGAAGUCUGGAAGGGAUGAGAAGCAGGUCGUCACUAAGGACGAAUACGUAGAUCGAUUUGGCUACCUACACACAAAGACAUUGGUCAAGACACUUGAUGAAAACGGUACCGAGAUUGGAAGCCACAGUCAUUACACCGUUCGACCUGCCCCAAAAGACAAUGAACCUGUACAGAUGGAGGAUAAGCAUAAGGAUAAUGGCGGCCAGGAACCUGGCACCAAGGUGGACGGAAGUGCAAGAGCAAAGACUGGCUGGCUCUGGAAAUAA